AUGGGUUUGCUAGCGCUUGGGACGGCCCUGGACUGGCCAGAGGCCAAAAAGAGGGCAGAUCAGGUUCGCAAAUGGGGGAUUGAGCAAUUGCUCGCCAAUUGGCAUAGGGCCAAAGGCAAGGAGCGGAACGCCCUUCUUUGGGGCGAUGAGGUCGAGUACCUCGUCGUAGCCGUCGAUGAUGAGACGAAAAAGGCCCGCCUGUCUCUCGCACAGGCUGAAAUUCUCAAAUCGCUUGCCAAGGAUGAGGCAUUAUGGAAGGAAGGAAAUUCUUCGAAGUCUCAGAACCAGGGACAUGAGGGCGAGGAACCACCUCAUUUUCACCCUGAGUUCGGACGAUUUAUGUUGGAAGCCACACCGGGGAAACCUUGGGGCAUUGACUUCAAGGAUCUACUUAAAGUAGAGUCGAAUAUGAAGUGGCGACGUGAGGUUGCAAAGGCGCACAUGGCACCGAAUGAAAGCCCUAUAACUCUUACAACCUUCCCUCGCCUGGGGACGAAGGAUGAUUAUAUUCAGCCCUAUUAUCCCCCCUCGGGUCCUGCGCUUCGAUCGCAGUUCGUUCCUGACGAAAUCGCCAACCCUCAUAUUAGGUUUCCAACAUUGGCGGCCAAUAUAAGAUCAAGGAGGGGCCGGAAAAUUGAGCUGAACGUUCCCAUAUACAAGGAUACGAACACACCUGAACCGUUCAAGGAUCCGACUGUGGACUAUGAUCUCCACAAUUGGCCUGAGGAUGAUGAUGUCAGAAAUGGCGCAGCCAAGGAUGGCCAUGUUUACAUGGAUGCUAUGGCGUUCGGUAUGGGCAGCUGCUGUCUUCAGAUAACCUUCCAAGCGAAGAACAUGACAGAAGGAAGAAAGCUGUACGAUCAACUGAGCCCGCUAGGACCAAUUCUUCUGGCCCUGACAGCCGCUACCCCCAUCUAUAAGGGAUUCCUUGUGGACACGGAUGUCCGUUGGAAUCAAAUUAGCGGGGCCGUUGAUGACCGAACGCGGGAAGAACUUGGUGAACUCCCCCUGAAAAACGAUAGAUGGAGGAUACCAAAAUCUAGAUACGCUUCCAACUCGACCUAUAUCUCCCAAGAUCCCAGGCUGAGGAAAGAAUAUUUGGACCCUGACCUCAUCGUUGAUGAAGACAUCAAAAAGCGCUUGAUCGAUGAUGGUAUGGAUGAUCUUCUAGCGACACAUUUCGCACACCUGUUCAUCCGUGAUCCGUUGGUUAUAUUUUCGGAAGAUCUCGAGGAGCUAGACUUGAACAAAGCAGACCAUUUUGAGAACCUACAGUCAACCAAUUGGCAGCACAUGCGCUUCAAGCCCCCACCGCCUGACAAGGAUGACAUCGGCUGGCGAGUUGAAUUCCGAUCCAUGGAGAUUCAGAUGACAGAUUUCGAGAACGCUGCGUUUAGUAUUUUCAUCGUGCUCGUGACUCGCGCAAUUCUGAGUUUCGAUCUCAACUUCUACAUCCCAAUCCAGCGUACGACAGAAAACAUGGAGACGGCGCAUGCACGCGACGCAGUCCUGGAACAAAAGUUCUAUUUCCGCAAAGACCCUUUUGCUCGUCGCAGGCAGAACCAGCAAUCACCAAAUGGUAGCAAUGUCUCAUCUAACUCAUCAUCUGCUCAGAACACACCACCCCCAUCGCCACCGCUAAACCCGGUGGAGUCCGAAUACGAUCUCAUGACUAUUUCUGAUAUCAUCAACGGCUCCGCUGAUGGGACUUUCCCUGGAUUGAUUCCGCUCGUUGAAUCUUACUUGAAUAGUGUGAAUGUGGACGUUGAGACACGCUGUUCUCUAGCCAGCUAUCUUGACUUAAUACGCAAACGUGCUAACGGUACACUUUGGACUGGAGCCAAAUGGAUUCGUGAGUUUGUUGCGUCGCAUCCUGGGUAUAAGCACGACAGCACUGUUUCAGAGGAAAUCUGCUACGACUUGGUGAAGGCUGUGGAUGAGAUGACUGUAAAGGAAGGCAAACACGGCACCAUCGGGUGGGAACUCCUCCGGGGCAAGAAGAACUAG